UUAUUAAACUAAAAUCUCCAGCAUGGGGAAGUGGGAUGAGCUCGACUUAUCUCGACACCCCCUCCUCGAGGUCGGACCUUUCACAUGCUGGGAACCUAACACCCUCCUGCAGGUCUGCGUCCUCAUCCUCUGGAAAGAGAAGAUGGUCCUCUGGGAUGUGAAGGAUGCAGAUCCUCAGUCGUCACCAAGGCCACAGCAGCCUGGGAUGUGAAGAUGCAGAUUCUCAAAACUCCACUGCUCUCUGACGAGCUGUUCAUAAUAAAAUAAUGAUUUCAUGGGAUUCAAAUAUUACAGGAAUAUACAUAGUGAUGUGUAUUUACUUCUGGUAUACAUUUGUAACUGUACAUAUUUUUCCCGAUUUGAUCGUAAAACUUUUCAAUCUUAUUCACAAUAGAUGUGACAUGUCUGGUGAUUAACCUGGAAUCUAUUCGCUGUAUGUGGAACUUGAAGGGGACUCCACAAGUCAACUACACCUUUUACAGCAGGUCCAGAUAUCAGGGAGAAGCUAUCUGUGCUAAAUACCUGACUGAGAAUGGAAGAAAUAUUGGAUGUACGCUUCCCUACAUCAGAGAGCAGAGAUUCGAGUCAUUUUACACUGAACUGAGGGACGGCAGCAAGACCUAUGAAAAGGAACACGAUCUUAAAACCAAAGUGAAAUUAAACCCACCAACCAACCUGACAGUAAAGAAUGCAUCCGACCUGAACUUGUGGUUUUACUGGAACAAUACUGUGAACCUUUCUUGUGUGGAGAGUCGAGUACGAAUUAGGAAAAACGACAACAACUGGGAGACUUUAAAAGUUUAUAGAGGGCAGCAGCAUUAUUGCCAAAACUUGCCCUCCAGCACUGCCAGAUAUGAGCUGCAGGUGAAGAGCAGACUCGAUGAGAACUGUGGGGAGUCUGAGUUCUGGAGCGACUGGAGUGAGUCUGUGGUCUGGGGAUUCAAUAACACCACAGUCUCAAAUGCUAAAAAUGAGGCAAUGCCAGUGUGGACAGCAUUGCUGUAUGUGGUGAGCGCCAUCACCCUCCUUCUUCUGGUUGUGAUCCUACUGCACAAUGAACGGUAAGUCGUAUCAUGAUUCAUGAUUUCUUUUUUUUUUUU